AGCGGAAGACGGGCAUAGGGAAAAUCAGUGCAUUGCAUUGUGUCAGGUCAGAAGGCCUGAGUGAGCUGUCAGAAGGCCUCAUAUGCUCCACUGUGCCUGACGCAAAGUUAGCGGGGUCUAUCCUUGGCUCUUCAGCUAUGGUGGCUUCCACUUUGUCACCACCCAAGGUGCGACGCUGCCCUCAGCCCUCGACCGUGAAGCGGCCUUUGAAGCGCGCGGCCAGCGCCGCGGCAAAGGCCCCGAGUCCGACGCCGGCGACGCCGCCAUCCACGCCACCGCGUUCAAACCGCGCUUUAGCCGCGCGGCUGGAGGAGGCCGCGGCUUAUGGCGCAGCGGGGCAGUUCGUGGAUUCCGCGGAGGUGUGCAGCCGCUGCGCGGCAGGCGCCCUCCGCGGCGCACGGCGGGCGAAGCCGCCGGACGCCGCCCUGGCGGCUGCCCUGGGCGCGGCCGCCGCGGCGGCGGCGGCCGCGGGGCGCAAAACCACCGUGGCCCAGGUGGCCGCGGCUGCGCUUUGUGCCCUGGACCGAGUCUUCGGCUGAGUGCUUCCGAUCGGCCGAGCCGCGCGAUUUUGGUGGACACUUGGAGAAGGGGCCGCCCCCUUCAGGAAGGCGUGGUUGUCACGGUU